AUGCGCCGCAGCGAUCUCGUUCCGAAUACCGCCCUCGUAGAGGUCCGAGAUCAGAACAAACAUCGACUCGGCAGGACGCGAGAUCAGCGACUGGCUGUACGCGAUUGCGCGGUUGAUGUCCAGUGCCCCACCAAGUUGAGUCCCGAAAGAACGUCGACGGGUCGGACAGUUUGUCCGUCAGGAUCGACGACGGCGGUGUCGAAAACCACGAGCGAAGUCUUCAGCGCUUGCAUCGACGCCAACACCGCGCCGAACACGGACGCG